CAUCGACUUGCCUGUACAGACCUGCCCAUUCUCUACUGCCGUGCCAGGUGCAUCGUGCAUUCGUCAUUCUUUUCCACGUCUCUGCGAGACCGAGACAUCCCCUGAGCCAGACUCUCCUUCGCUGAACACUUUGACUGACCUUGUCCUUGACGGACGUGCGGGAUCUCUUCGCGUAUCGAGUAUACCGAGAAGUCUCGAUCAUCAUAAGAUCGACUAGCCGGUCUAGAGAUCUUCCAGCAUUCUAACGAGGCUCACGACUCGCAUCCAUUCCUUACGAAAGCUUACCACCAUGUUCACGACAGCAGUCUUUACGGCAGCAGCCUGUGGCUUGCUCGCCUCGACUGCCAACGCACACAUGGUCAUCACAUCGCCAGUACCCUACGGCGCAGACAGCCUCAACAACAGCCCCCUUGAUGCUGACGGAUCAGACUUCCCUUGCAAACAGCGCUCGGGUGUCUACGACAUUACGAAGAUGAACAACAUUGCUGUUGGUGUCCCACAACAGCUUGCGUUUCAGGGCGGCGCCACUCACGGAGGAGGAUCAUGUCAGCUCUCAGUCACCAUGGACAAACAGCCCACAAAAAGCAGCAAGUGGAAAGUCAUCCACUCGAUCUUGGGCGGAUGUCCGAAUGGAGCUUCUGGCAACGCAAAUGGAUCUCCUACUUACGACUCGAACCCCACAUUCGAAUGGACCAUGCCAAAAGGUAUGCCAAACGGUGAAUACACUCUCGCUUGGACCUGGUUCAAUAAGAUCGGCAACCGAGAAAUGUACAUGAACUGCGCUCCCAUCACAGUAACUGGCGGCGCGGACAAUGACGACGUCCUCAACACACUUCCCGACAUGUUCGAAGCGAAUAUUGGCAAUGGCUGCACGACCGUCGAGAGCGAAGAUCUCGUCUUCCCAGACCCUGGCAAAUACGUCGAGACAGCAGGUUCAGCACUCGGCACAUCUCUAAGUGGUACAUGUCAGACAGCUGGCAGCGGAGGAGGUUCCGGUGCUUCCCCAUCGGGCUAUGCUUCUGGAUCAGGCUCCGGCUCAACUCCUGCCUCAUCUCCUGCUGCCGCGCCCACUGGCUACCAUGGCGGUGGCGCAGCAUCGAGCCCGGCCGCUGGAUCUAGUCCAGCUGCAGCUCCCACAGGAGGCUAUGGCAGUGGAAGCGGAUCAGGCUCCGGUCGAGGAGGAUCAUACUCUAGCCCCGCAGCCGCGCCUUCCGUUACCGGCAGUCCGGGUGCCGACUCAGGCCCCGGAAAUGGAUCCAGCGGCGGCAUAGUCACUGUAACAACCAUGGCCACCGUUACCGGCAGUGGGCCAGCACCCUCAGCCUACAGCGGAGGAUCUCCCCCUAGCGGCUCCAACCGUGGCUCCAGUGGCUCGGGCUCCUCCUCGAACGGCACGUCUGGAUCAUCGGCAGAUUCCGUUGCCUGCACAACUCAAGACGAAAUCAUCUGCAUGGGAGAAAACUUUUUCGGAGUUUGCGAUCACGGCUUCGCUCGCAAGCAGGCUUGUUCGACAGGCACCCGCUGUUCCAACGGUAGCAUCCAGAAGAGGUCUGGCUCUAUGAGACAUCUUCAGCAUUUGAAAAGAAGGGGUGGUCAUCAUGCCGGUGUGCUCUAGCGGAGAUUCCUCCAGAGUUUUCUUUGUGAGCUCCGAGGGCUUGGGGGUUGUUCAGUGACGUUUGCGGGUGCAAAUAUGGCGAACAUGAUGAUUUGGAUGAGAGAUACGAUCUGUGAAUUUUUCGGGGAGGACAGGACGCAUGCCAGGCAGGCUUUGGCGUACAUGGGAGUAGGUAGGUAGCAUAUAGCAGACGGCGAACUUCGGUCUUUACAGCAUC